CAUGUUACCGGGCUGAUGUGUUGCCAUGGUGACGUGUAAACGGUCAGACUGUCGGCUAACAUUAGCUAGCCGUGCUUGAGAAAAUGAUGGUGUUUCUCUUGAAUGACAAACUAAUAUUUUUCCAGAGGGAGAUGGGCUGUUACGGGGAGAACUGAAGAUGUCUUUAUCCCAGAGCCAGAGUCUCACUGUGGCCGCUGUACUGGAGGACUGUUCAGAUCAGUUGGACAUAGUGGGACACACUCUGAUGGUGCAGAUCAGCAGGGAGAGAGGGGCCGCAGCAGUACAGGAAAAGGCCAGGCUAACCAAGCUGAGAAGGGACUGUCAGUACAUCUCACAGCAGCUCUCCAAGCUGCAUGUGGAGCUGAAGGAGAAGCAGCGAUUCAGCUCUCUGCAGCGAGUGGUAGAAGAACAGGAGCAGAGGAAGGAGGCCGAGAACAUGAGAAGAGAGGCGAAGAGACAGCUGGAGCAGAGAAAACGAAGUCUACAGAGUCAAAAAUCGGAGCUCCAACAGAAAACUAAGAAACUGCAGGACAUGUACCAGUUUGCCAAUAUCCUGAGGCACGAGCUGCAUGAACAGUCAUUAAAGAUUCUGCACAGGAAGAAGAUUGUGGAGAAAAACAAUGAGCUGCAGCUCCAGCAGGCACAAAAAGAGUGCAGCCAGGCUGAGAAGCUGCUGGAGGACCAGGUGGAGCUGCUGCACAGACAGCUGAAGGAGGAGGCGAGAGUUCAUGAGGAGUCAGAGAAAUUCCUGCAAAAUCACCAUGAGGAGUUGCAGCGGCAGCUGCAGCAGUGGCAGCAGGACACAAAGCAAAUGCAGCAGGAGAAGGAGCAGCAGCUCAACACUGUGGGCUGCAAAAAAACUGUGAAUUUGGACCGACUGAUGGAGAUGAAGAGGAGGCUCAGGGAGAUGGAGCAGGUGGUGUUAGAAGACAGGGAGGAGCAGGAGAAACUGCGGCAACAGCAGGCAGAGGCCAGAACUGCCACCAAGCUACAGGCCUGGUGGAGAGGCUGCAUGGUCCGUCGGGGACUUGGCAGUUUUAAAAAAGCAGAGGAAGACAAGAAAGGCAAGAAGAAGAAGGAUGGAAAGAAAAAGAAAAAGAAAUGACUUUACUCCUUGGAGACUUUUGAAUAACACACAGAAUUCAAUAAUAAAGAGUCAUGCAAUUCCUGAUCAAA